UCGCAAUCUCUCUCUUCCUUCUCCUCCCCCUCUCUCUCUCUCUCUCUAAAAUCGGAGAGAGAGAGCAAACUGCGAUUCCUCCGCUGCAUCGCCGAGCGCGCGCGCGCGCGAGGGAGGGGGAGGCGCAUCGGACGGCAUGAGGGGGGCGGCGGCGACUCCCGUCCCUCUUUCCUAGGGUUCUCAGCCGUCGCCGGAGCCGGCCCAUUGGCGAAGGCUCUCGUCGGCCUCUCUCGUUCCGACGUACAUUGCUUCGAUCGGCGGCGGCGUUUUCCGUUCUUCUGCUCUUUUCGGAGUUCGAUCGGGUUCGUCUCGUUCUGCUGCUUCGCGGGGUUCGCCGUUUCGACGCGGUCGGUGCGAGCUGGAGUUCGUGCAGGUUGAGAUAUAUGUUAGACCGUCACUAUGGUUUGCCCAGUUGGGAGUGGGAAAAUGGCUGUUUUGGCUCGGGUUCUUGCGGGAGGCGGUUUCUCCAAUACAGCAGAAGAGGAAGUUAGCCAUCAGAAAUUAUUGGCUCAGCACAUUUUUAAGGAAUUUCGUGACACUGAUGAAGCAAAUUUGCUCGAUGAGGAAGACAUGCAUGUAUAUGGUUUGAAGCCUAUGGCUGAUCAACUGCAUUUGGUAUGUUGCAAUGCAUGUAAGAAGCCAAUCAAGGCCAGUCAAUAUAUGGCUCAUCAAGAUAUCUGUAGGUUAUUGAAUUCUACACAAGAAGCUGUUUUGGAGCCUAAUGGCACUGGAAGGGGCAAAAGACCACCUAGGAAGGAGAGGAAAAAGUCCACCACUCCCAAGCAGGGACUCACUAUUGGAGAGCAAGGGAAUUAUGAAUUUGUGAAGGAUACCAUCACUGUUGAACCACAGUUUCGUUAUAAUGGAAACCAGCAAUCAUCUUCUUUAUGUUUGGAGGUCAAAGGAAAUUCAACUAGUCAAGUUCCAAGAAGUAAAGAUGAUCCAGGAGUUAUCCCUAGAAAUGCUGAUGAGUCAGCAAGUCAAAUGCAUCCUCCUGUGAAACGUUCUAGAUUGAUAGCAGGGGAGCAUAUGUCAGAAACAGAUGAUCGAGAAACAGAUUCUGGUAGAGAUUUCCAAAAAGAAUCACUUCCGGAACAAGAAGCGAAGAGUGGUUGUGCUAUCGACUAUAAGAAUCCCUUGCAAAUUUAUACAAAUAGCCAAUUGACACAAGGUACUCCUGUGCCACUUGCUAGCAAAAUAUAUUAUUCUCAGAGAAGCAAUCGUCUCCGAUCAGCUAUCGGCCAUCUUUAUUACAUGACAUCAACUGAUGGGCUUCUUGAUGACUUAGAACUGAGAGAUGCACAGCCAUCGCCUUUACUGCAAGAACCUGACCCAGUUCUCUCAAAAAGUUCAUUACGUUCAGAUAUCGCUGCAGUAUCUUUGCCACCGUCAAAAGUAUCAAAUUAUCUAUCCGCUGAUGCUGCUUUGAGGCCGCAGGAUGAUCCAAUUCAGUUAAUGAAAGGCAGAACUUUUCCCAAUGGUUAUUCUUUUGCUGGUGACUCAGGAAAACCACUGAGCGUGCAGCAGCCAGAUGGAAGUGUUUCAGUUUCGUAGAAUCGCUACUCGGAUUUUUUGUUAGGCGACGGUGUAAGUAGCCCCAUACAUGAGGUUAGAGCCAGUUUUUGAGAAUCAAUUUAACCAUCAUUAAAUUGUUCAUUCCUGUCUCCUAUACUGCCGAUGCUCAAAUUGUUCUUUUUGGGCAAAUGGCACGAAUUGUUCAUAUUCAGUAAAUAUAAUGUCAAUCCUUUGCUGGCCA